CCUCCUUACCUGGGGUCCAUCCUGUCCUAUCCCUUCUCUGUCUCUAAGGGCCUCCUCUCCUCCUCACUCCCUCUUUCCCAGACCUGGAGUUGAAAACCUUAGGUCUCCUGUCCCUUUUUUUAAUACCAGCCUGGAGUUCUGUAGAGAACCCAGCCUUCCUCUACUAGCCUCGGUGGACUGCUCCCAGACAGACUGAUACCUCUCUGAGACAUGAACUUUCUCUAAAGACUGUCCCAGUGCCUCUCCCCACCCAUUGAUCCUUGCUACCUAUGUCCCGAAUCCUGCUGUCACUUUAUUGAGGGCGGGGGGCCUCUGGGGCUGAGCUAGCAGCAUGCUUUUUCUGUGGUCUAGCAUCUGUGGGCUCUCUCCACCGCGCAUCUUCCCUUCCUUACUACUGCUGCUGGCUCUGCUGGGGCUACCCCCAAUUCUCAGGAGUCAUGGCCUCCAGCUCAGCCCUACUGCCAGCACUGUCCCACCGCCUCGGGAACGCUCCAUUGGGGAUGUCACCACGGCCCCUCCUGAUAUUAUCCCCGAGAGCCGCCCUGUAAACCGGUCAGUCACUGACCAUGGCAUGAAGGCCCGAAAGGCCUUUCCAGUGCUGGGCAUUGACUAUGGGCAUGUGCGCACGCCCUUUGAGAUCUCCCUCUGGAUCCUGCUGGCCUGCCUCAUGAAGAUAGGUUUCCACGUGAUCCCCACCAUCUCCAGCAUCGUCCCUGAGAGCUGCCUGUUGAUCGUGGUGGGGCUGCUGGUGGGGGGCCUGAUCAAGGGCGUGGGCGAGAACCCCCCCAUCCUGCAGUCGGACGUCUUCUUCCUCUUCUUGCUGCCGCCCAUCAUCCUGGAUGCUGGCUACUUCCUGCCACUGCGGCAAUUCACAGAGAACCUGGGCACCAUCCUCAUCUUCGCCGUGGUGGGCACGCUGUGGAACGCCUUCUUCCUGGGCGGCCUCAUGUUUGCCGUGUGCCGGGUAGGCGGGGAAGAGAUCAAUAACAUCGGCCUCCUGGCCAACCUGCUCUUCGGCAGCAUCAUCUCAGCCGUGGACCCUGUGGCCGUUCUGGCUGUCUUCGAGGAGAUUCACAUCAAUGAGUUGCUGCAUAUUCUUGUCUUCGGGGAGUCCCUGCUCAAUGACGCCGUCACUGUGGUCCUGUACCACCUCUUUGAGGAAUUUGCCAACUACGAAAAAGUGGGCAUCGUGGACAUUGUCUUGGGCUUCCUGAGCUUCUUCGUAGUGGCCCUGGGCGGGGUGUUUGUGGGGGUGGUCUACGGGAUCAUCGCUGCCUUCACCUCCCGGUUCACCUCUCACAUCCGCGUCAUCGAGCCACUCUUCGUCUUCCUCUACAGCUACAUGGCCUACCUGUCUGCUGAACUCUUCCACCUGUCAGGCAUCAUGGCAAUCAUUGCUUCAGGCGUGGUAAUGCGCCCCUAUGUGGAGGCCAACAUCUCACACAAGUCCCACACCACCAUCAAAUAUUUCCUAAAGAUGUGGAGUAGUGUCAGCGAGACCCUUAUCUUCAUCUUCCUUGGCGUCUCCACUGUGGCCGGCGCCCACCGUUGGAACUGGACUUUCGUCAUCAGCACCCUGGUCUUCUGCCUCAUCGCACGUGUGCUGGGUGUACUGGGCCUCACAUGGUUCAUCAACAAGUUCCGAAUCGUGAAGCUCACGCCCAAGGACCAGUUCAUCAUCGCCUACGGGGGUCUUCGUGGGGCCAUUGCCUUCUCCCUGGGCUACCUCCUGGACAAAGAACACUUCCCUAUGUGUGAACUCUUCCUCACAGCCAUCAUCACCGUCAUCUUCUUCACCGUCUUUGUGCAGGGCAUGACCAUCCGGCCUCUGGUAGACCUAUUGGCUGUGAAGAAAAAGCAGGAGACAAAGCGCUCUAUCAAUGAGGAGAUCCACACCCAGUUCCUGGACCACCUUCUGACAGGCAUCGAGGACAUCUGUGGCCACUACGGCCACCACCACUGGAAGGACAAGCUCAACCGGUUCAAUAAGAAGUACGUGAAGAAGUGUCUGAUAGCCGGCGAGCGCUCCAAGGAGCCCCAACUCAUCGCCUUCUACCACAAGAUGGAGAUGAAGCAGGCCAUCGAGCUGGUGGAGAGUGGGGGCAUGGGCAAGCUGCCCUCUGCUGUGUCCACUGUCUCUAUGCAGAACAUCCACCCCAAGUCUCUGCCUGCCGAGCGCAUCCUUCCAGCUCUGUCCAAGGACAAGGAGGAGGAGAUCCGCAAAAUCCUGAGAAACAACUUACAGAAGACAAGGCAGCGGCUGCGCUCCUACAACAGACACACACUGGUAGCAGACCCCUAUGAGGAGGCCUGGAACCAGAUGUUAAUUCGGAGGCAGAAGGUCCGACAGCUGGAACAGAAAAUCAACAACUACCUGACAGUGCCUGCCCACAAACUGGACUCACCCACCAUGUCUCGCGCCCGCAUUGGUUCAGACCCACUGGCCUAUGAGCCCAAAGCUGACCUGCCUGUCAUCACCAUCGACCCAGCCUCCCCGCAGUCACCCGAAUCUGUGGAUCUGGUGAAUGAGGAGCUGAAGGGCAAGAUCUUGGGACUGAACCGGGAUCCAGUCAGACUGACGGAGGAGGAUGACGAGGACGGGGGCAUCAUGAUUCGUUCUAAGGAUACCUCCUCCCCCGGCACUGACGAUGUCUUCACGCCCGGACCCAGCGAUAGCCCUAGCUCACUGAGGAUACAGCGCUGCCUCAGUGACCCUGGCCCACACCCUGACCCUGGAGAGGGGGAGCCUUUCAUCCCUAAGGGCCACUAGUGCCCAGGCCCGUGGGUGGUGACUGGCCCGCCAUAGACUCACCUGCCAGAGCCAGGACUGCUGGGGGUUUGGGGGUUCCCUAGUCCUUCAUCCCCUGCCUGGCCCUGCCCUCCCCCACUGCAUGGCAGCAGGGCCCACUGCCCUAGCCCCACCGCAGCACGGCUUCCCUGGCACUUCCAGGCAGAUUGGCGGGGCUGAUGAAGCAGCCCCCGUGCUCUGGGUGCCUUGGGCCUCAGCCAUCCACCCUGCCACCCGUCCCCUCCUCCUUCAAACCAAUCUUCAUUUUAACCAAAGAGCCUCGGCUCAGCCUUGGGCCAGGCUGGGAAGGGAAAGAGUCAAGCCUUCCCUGGCCCAGGCUAGGCCCGCCCUGAUGGGGGACUGGAGGUACCAGGUACUGAAUGGGGGCCGGGGAAUCAGUGACCUCUGCAGUGCCCCUUCCUGCCAGUUCUGUUCCCCUGGCUAGCCACUGGCCUGUCCUUACUCAGAGCCACAGGUCAAGGGCCUCUCUGAGCUGUUCUGUCUGGAGCUGGGACGCUUUGGACAGUGCUGUGCUCAGAGCUUUCCAAUGGGACCACCAGGCCUCUCGGGGCUGCUGCUAGGGGAGGCCCCGGGCCCCGGACAGUGCUGCCUUUUCUCUGUUGUGUUUGUCCAUGCCUCCCCGGACUCUCCACACAGGGGGGGUUCCCAUUUUAAACCCCUGGCUGAGCAGAGCUCUGGCCCUCCUGCUGCAGCACAUCCCACCUCGUGUGUGCCUGUCUGUUCCACACCCACCCACCCCAUCCCUGCUCUGCCUCUGGGCUCUUCACUGUGGCCCCAGAAUCUGCAGAAAUAAACCCCCCAUGGGCCCCAAUCAUGAUUCUGACUUAAGAUUGCUGGAGCCUCUGGAACUUCCUCUGCUUUGAGGCCUAGUCUCAGUUCCUACUGGCCUGUUUUUCCUGCCCUUGCCCCCCACAUGGGGUCCCCAAGCCUGUCUCACAUGCAGCAGACCCAGCUUGCUGUGGAACCCUGUACUCGGGGAAAGAAGGCCUCUCCUGAAUGCCUCCCUCAUGGCUGAGGCUGGGCGACAGCCAGAGUCCUGGGCCCCCACAAGCACAUUUGCAGCCCCACUGCCGCUGAGGCCAGGCCCAGGUCCACUGGUGUCUGUUCUCUUGCUGGGGCGCCCCUAACCCCAGGAUCGUGCAAUAGUUGAGUCACUCCUCCCAGCAGGCCGGGCAGCAGGUGCUCCUCAGUGCCCCCCCGCUCCAUGCAAGUGCUGCUUGGGGUAGGCGUCAUCCUGCAAAGGUGACGCUGACAGCCACAGUCAAAGCCACCACAGCUGCUGCUGCUCUGCCGCCUGUACAGAAGAUACCGAAUCUUUUUCAUAUUCUAAUAAAUCAGUGUGAGUUUUUU